AUGAGUGGGCAAGCUGCGAGCUAUUACGAUAGCAGUCAGAACUUUGCAGACCAAGGUCAAGCUCCUUCAUAUGAGAAAACAAACGCAAAUCAACCGGGCAGCUACAAUCAACCUCCACCGAAUGGCGCUUACCAGCCCCCUAUGAACUAUGGAGGACCAGCCAAUGGUUAUGAGCAGCACGGGCCUCAGAUGAAGCCUCAGCAACCUCCGUAUGGAGACAACCCUCCACCGUACACAACAUUUGAUGAUGCUUUCAAGAUUCAGAAGCCCAAGUACAAUGAUAUUUGGGCUGGUUUGCUGCUGAUUGCUGUUUUCCUGGGCUACGUUGCUAUCUCUGGACUGACGAUCCACAAAUAUGCUACCAACAAAGGCUUCAACGGAGGUGGUAUUUAUGGGUCUGGGAAUGACUUUUCGCUCGAUACCAACACCCUCGUGCUGUUUAUUUUUGUGCUGUGUGUAGCACUCGUGUUCUCUUGGGCAUAUUUCAUGGGAGCUCGCUACUUUACCAAGACGUUCAUCUGGGUCACCGGCAUCCUCAACAUUGUCUUCGCCUUUGCCACGAGUAUCUACUACCUCGUUCGAAAGCAAUACGGCGGCGGGAUCGUCUUUUUGAUUUUCGGGGUCUUCGCUGUCAUCUGUUUCAUCAGCUGGAUACCCAGAAUUCCGUUCACAGCCUUCAUGUUACAGACGACCAUGGAUGUGGCUCGGAAACAUGGCCACGUCUUCUUAGUCAGUGCUUUGGGUGGAUUCGCGACCGUGGCCUUCUCUGCCUGGUUCUCGGUGACGUUGGUAUCCAUAUAUGUGGCCUACGAACCGAAUUCUGGCGGCACCAACCCUUCCUGCGCGAAUGGUGGAUGCAGCACAGCAAAAGUCAUUGGUCUGACCGUGUACGUGACCUUUGCCAUGUACUGGCUCAGUGAGUGGCUGAAGAACACGGUGCACACGACAAUUGCGGGCAUCUACGGCGCCUGGUACUUCUGGAGCAAUUCCGCCGGGGGUAUGCCAAAAGGUUCCACUCGAGGCGCUUUCCGCCGCGCAACCACCUACUCGUUCGGGAGUAUCAGUUUUGGAAGCUUGAUCAUUGCAAUUAUCAACAUGCUCCGCCAGGCCUGCUCGAUCGCACAGCGGCAAGAAGCCGCACAGGGUAACAUUGUGGGAAGCAUCUUUAUCUGGAUUCUCGGCUGCUUCAUCUCUCUGCUCGACUGGCUCGUGACACUGUUCAACCGGUAUGCAUUCUGCCACAUUGCUCUGUAUGGCAAAGCGUAUAUCCCCGCUGCCAAGGAUACGUGGAAGAUGAUGCAAGACCGUGGAAUAGACGCUCUGGUCCAAGAUUGUCUGAUUGGCCCUGUCCUGACCAUGGGCUCUGUCUUCGUCGCCUACGUCUGUGCCUUGCUUGCCUACCUGUACCUGCAAUUCACCAACCCCGCCUACAACACCGGUGGGGACUUUACCGCAGUCAUUAUGGCGUUUUCUUUUGUGAUCGGCUUGCAGAUCUGCCAGGUGUUCUUGACUCCGAUCGGUAGCGGCGUCGAAACAAUCUUUGUUGCCAUGGGCUGGGAUCCUCAAGUCAUGAUCAACGAUCAUCCGGACAUCUAUUACAAGCUGGUCCAGCUGUACCCUCGUGUUCAGCAAGCCAUUCAUGCGUGA